CUAAUUCAGGUUUGUGGCGGAGUAGGUUCGCAGACGCCAGGCGAGGCACUGCUGUUUGUUUUUCGUCUCCGGAAACUUGCCCCUUGUUCCCAGAUAGAAGGUAGUCUCAGGUCCCGAAGGUGGGGCUUUGAAGAAUCCGGUUGUGGGAAUUAGGAACAGAGUGGAUUUUCUGACGUAUUUGAACAUACCCUGAGUACCUGGAGAAGAACCUUGUCCCGGUGACAAUGAGUCCUGCAGAUACACUUGAUGAUGAAAAUACAUUUAAAAUCUUAGUUGCAACUGAUAUUCAUCUUGGAUUUAUGGAGAAAGAUGCAGUCAGAGGAAAUGAUACGUUUGUCACACUUGAUGAAAUUUUAAGACUUGCCCAGGAAAAUGAAGUGGAUUUUAUUUUGUUAGGUGGUGAUCUUUUUCAUGAAAAUAAACCCUCAAGGAAAACAUUACAUACAUGCCUCGAGUUACUAAGAAAGUAUUGUAUGGGUGACCGUCCUGUACAGUUUGAAAUUAUCAGUGAUCAAUCAGUCAACUUUGGUUUUAGUAAAUUUCCAUGGGUAAACUACCAAGAUGGCAAUCUCAACAUUUCAAUUCCCGUGUUCAGUAUUCAUGGCAAUCAUGAUGAUCCCACUGGGGCAGAUGCACUCUGUGCACUGGAUAUUUUAAGUUGUGCUGGAUUUAUAAAUCACUUUGGACGUUCAAUGUCUGUGGAGAAGAUAGACAUUAGUCCAGUUUUGCUUCAAAAAGGAACCACAAAAAUUGCUCUAUAUGGUUUGGGGGCCAUUCCAGAUGAAAGGCUGUAUCGAAUGUUUGUCAAUAAAAAAGUGACAAUGUUGAGACCAAAAGAAGAUGAGAACUCUUGGUUUAACUUAUUUGUGGUUCAUCAGAACAGGAGUAAACACGGAAGUACUAACUUCAUUCCAGAACAAUUUUUGGAUGACUUCAUUGAUCUUGUUAUCUGGGGCCAUGAACAUGAGUGUAAAAUAGCUCCCACCAAAAAUGAACAGCAACUCUUUUAUGUAUCACAGCCUGGAAGUUCAGUGGUUACUUCUCUUUCCCCAGGAGAAGCUGUAAAAAAACAUGUUGGUCUGCUGCGUGUUAAAGGGAGGAAGAUGAAUAUGCAGAAAAUCCCGCUUCACACGGUGCGGCAGUUCUUUAUGGAAGAUGUUGUCCUGGCUAAUCAUCCCAACAUUUUUAACCCAGAUAACCCUAAAGUAACCCAAGCCAUACAAAGCUUCUGUUUUGAGAAGAUUGAAGAAAUGCUUGAAAAUGCUGAACGAGAACGUCUGGGAAAUUCUCGACAGCCAGAGAAGCCUCUUAUACGACUGCGAGUGGACUAUAGUGGAGGUUUUGAACCUUUCAACGUACAUCGCUUUAGCCAGAAAUUUGUAGAUCGGGUAGCUAAUCCCAAAGAUGUUAUCCAUUUUUUCAGGCACAGAGAACAAAAGGUAAAAACAGGAGAAGACAUCAACUUUGGAAAGUUUAUCACAAAACCUUCAGAAGGAACAACACUAAGGGUGGAAGACCUUGUAAAACAGUAUUUUCAAACUGCCGAGAAGAAUGUGCAGCUGUCACUGCUAACAGAAAGAGGGAUGGGUGAAGCAGUCCAAGAAUUUGUGGAUAAGGAAGAGAAAGAUGCCAUUGAGGAAUUAGUGAAAUACCAAUUAGAAAAAACACAGCGAUUUCUUAAAGAACGUCAUAUUGAUGCCCUAGAAGAUAAAAUCGAUGAAGAGGUUCGUCGUUUCAGAGAAAGCAGACAGAAAAAUACUGAUGAAGAAGAUGAUGAAGUUCGAGAGGCUAUAAACAGGGCCAGAGCUCUUAGGUCUCAGUCAGAGGACUUGGCUUCUGCUUUUAGUGCUGAUGACCAUAUGAGUAUAGAUUUAGCAGAAGAGAUGGCUAAUGACUCCGAUGACAGCAUCUCGGCAGCAGCCAACAAAGGAAGAGGCCGAGGAAGAGGUCGAAGAGGAGGAAGAGGGCAGAAUUCAGCAUCGAGAGGAGGGUCUCAGAGAGGAAGAGGUACUGGUCUGGAGACUUCUCGAAGCAGGAAUUCAAAGGCUGCAGUGUCAACAUCUAGAAAUAUGUCAAUUAUAGAUGCCUUUAAAUGUACAAGACAGCAGCCCUCCCAAAAAGUUGCUACUAAGAAUUAUUCAGAGGUGAUUGAGGUGGAUGAAUCAGAUGUGGAAGAAGAUCUUUUUCCUACCACUUCGAAGACAGAUCAAAGGUGGUCGGCCACAUCAUCCAGCAAACGCAUGUCUCAGAACCAAAUAGCUAAAGGGGUUGAUUUUGAAUCAGAUGAGGAUGAUGAUGAUGACCCUUUUAUGAAUAUCAGUUCUUUAAGAAGAAACAGAAGAUAAUAUAUUAAAUGGAACUUAGAAAUUUUCAAAACACAAGAGUAAUCAAAAUGUUGCAGAUUAAGAGUGUACAGUUGAAGAUGUUUAAGUAUCACUGUUAACUGAAAAAAAAAAAAGACUUAACAGAGAAACUGAUGUGAAGAAUUUAUAUUUUUGAAUAUCAUAUCUUGGACAUGAUUCCACUAUUUACAAAAUCUCCCAGCUUAAGGACAUAUCCAACAACACUGGUUGUCUUCAUUAUAAUCUGUUUAUUAUAUCAUGACCUGGGAAUACUCCACAAAAUUUAGAUUAUUUGUUUUCCUGGCAUCUAUUAGUGUCUUAGGGGAAGAGCUUGGUUUAAAUAUUAUUGAUUAAGGAUAAAAAUAAUAUGCUAUUAUACAUUAUACAUCACUUUCAUGAUCAAAGACUAUAUCAGUAUUUUAAUGUUAUAUUUGGCCAAAUUUGAGAGAAAGAGCUUAUAAAACCUGACCUUGUCAUAAUUUUAAUAAUUUCAUAGAGGUUCUAGAUUUCCUGAAAGUGAAACAGUGUAUAGGGAACUGUGCCUAAGCUCACUUUGUUACUAUGUAUGAGUUUUUUUUCCUAAUGCUCAUUGCACAAUCAUUCACGAACACUUUAAAUGAUUAGAAGUACUUGUAGUUUGAAUAAUUACAUGUAAGUUUUCAUUUUAAAAAGAAUAGUCUGUUGAAUUACUAAGCCUUUAUUUCAAAAGAUUAUGUUCCCAUUGAGUAGUAGCAAUUUUCUCUGUUAUUCUCCAUCAGUAGUCUCCUUCUCCCCCAUCUAUUUCUGGGAGAAAAAGAAUUUAAAAAAUUUUAAACUAUAUCUUCUGGAAAAUAUCAGAGAACAUUUUUUAGGGAGUUGGUAAAAUGAACAGUUGAAGCUUGUGGUUAUAUUUAAAGUACUGAAAUAUAACUUCAGUGGAAUACUGUUGCUAGUGUUUCUCAAUAUUUUAUCUUAACUUGGUUCCUAUAAGACAUUUCUGAACAGGCAGUUCCAGAAAUCUUAGUAAGUCAUGUUUAAGUUUAUAUUUUCUUAUCUGUUUUAAGGGGGAAGUAAGAAUUUUUCCUUUUCAGAUUUAAGUUUAAAAAUCCCAUUCUCUUCCUUAACACUCUGUAAAAAGACCCCUGAGGCCGGUGCCGCGGCUCACUUGGCUAAUUCUCCACCUGUGGUGCCAGCACCCCGGGUUCUAGUCCUGGUCGGGGUGCCGGAUUCUGUCCCCGUUGCCCCUCUUCCAGGCCAGCUCUCUGCUGUGGCCAGGGAGUGCAGUGGAGGAUGGCCCAAGUACUUGGGCCCUGUACCCCAUGGGAGACCAGGAGAAGCACCUGGCUCCUGGCUUCAGAUCAGCACGGUGCGCCAGCUGCAACGGCCAUUGUGGGGUGAAUCAAUGGAAAAGGAAGAGCUUCCUCUCUAUCUCUCUCUCACACUGUCCACUCUGCCUGUCAAAAAAAAAAAAAAAAAAAAUCCCUGAGAGUAUUCCUUCCUUCCUUUAAUCUUAGGAAGCAGCUAUAUUUAAAGACUCCUUAAGACAAUUACAGAUCUUGGCAGAACAGCAACCAGACAGUGAAUGCUUUACUGAGAGUAUUCCUGGCCAGUAGAAUAAUCAUACCUGGAACAUAUCAAAUUGUAAGAGAGAGAACAAUUGGGUAGUGGCUGCCUCUGUUUUAUUCCAACAUGACAUUCUAAUAGGUUUCUUUAAAAGUAUUUUUUUACACUUGAGUGUAAGGAUUACUUUAGCAGGUAGCAUUAACUCAGCUGAAGACACUGUCUUGUAAAACAUUCUCAGAUCUGCCCACAUCUUUAUUGCACUUUAAUAUUGUUGAUAUUUGCGUGGAGCAGAGAAGAAAUCAGGAGCUAACUCUGCUUCUUAUGAUGGGUUGGCAGGUAGCAGGUGCAGGCAGCGCCUGGGCAAUGGGGUAUUACCCCUGCAUGUGGCACGCUAGCUCUGGCCAAUCUCUGGGGCAGUGUGGCCAGUGGCUCAUCUCCUCCCCAGUUACAUAUGCCUCAGGGAGGGUCAUCGUGAGGGGCUGGUCACUGAAGAUCCUGACAGGUUUCUGGGAAAAAAGAAUAAGAUUUUCUCCCUUCAAAAAAUUUUUGCUCUAGGUUAUGAAGAGAGACACACAAUGGGCUGCACUUAGCUACCAGAAACAGUGAGUUACAGAGGAUGAGAAUCUCUUCCAGGUGUACAGGUCAUUUUGCAAAUACUGUGUCAUUUUUUGAAUAAAGGAAAACCUUUUUUUGAGCAAAUACUGUGGCAUAGUUAAAAAUGCCACAUGGCCUUGAUUUUCUGUAUUGACACAACAGAAUCUAUUGUUAAUGGUUCUUUUUCAGUUUUCAGACCAUAGAUUUAGAUGGAUUAGAGGCCUUUAGUAUGAUUCCAGAGUACCUGUGGUUGCUCUUGGGGGCUGUGAGAGAGCAGCUAUAACACUGUGAGGAAAACAUUUGUGUGGAAUCUUCCCAUGCUUACCAAAGAAUGGACCUUUCUGGUGUUUUGUUUCCUCACGACAAUACAACAGUGUAUUUACAAGGGUGAAGAGGCACUGUAGUUCUAGGAAAUAGAAUUGGUGCUUAAAUCCAGCAGUUAGGCAUAUGACCUUUAAUUCAGAUACGUGUAAAAUAUUUUUUCCUAUACUUUUAAGAUUGCAAUAAAGAAGUCACACAGUUUGACAAAUAAUUACAAAGUGAACCUCUAGUAGGGUCACGUUACAGGUCAAGAAAUGGAGCAGCACCGAGGCCCUGAAAGCUUACCCGUGCUUUCUCUGGGCCUGACUUGUGUCAUUAAGAAGUUCUUUCUUUUGCCACAAGGUGGUGCUUUCACCACAGAAGCAAUUAGGAUGAUGCAAAGGCUAACCUAAAAUUAAGAAGGUAGUGUAGUUUUGCAGUAAAUGAGAACCUAUGCAGUUUAGCAUUCUAACCUAUGCAGUAAUACCACAGCUAGCCUUUAAUUAUAUAUGCAAGUUGUUUUACAUAUUUCACCUGAUUCAGCCUCUUACUAUGAAAAAAUGCCAGCUUGUUAAAUUUUACAUACCUAUAAUGGUUCAAGAAGAAGGAAAAUGCUUUGUAUUUUAAUGAAGAGAAAAAUUCUUUUUUUUAAAGGUUGAGUAAGAAAAGGUCUCCCAAUGUAAAAUGUUUCUUUUGGAAAUGUACAGUAUUUAAAGGCAAUUUUCCCUCAAAGUAAUCUGAUGUCUUUUUUUUAAUCUGUCAUGCAUUUGAUUGUUAGUGUUUUGUGGCUUUUUUAUUAAGCUAAUAACCAUUAAGAUGAUUAUAAAUGUUUUACAUAAUAAAGAUUUUGUUAGUUGA